AUGAGAAAAGCUCAAUCGUUGCAAAAUUCUAGUUGGAUUUCCAAUUUUAAUGAUGAUGCGAUGGAAUCAAAAUCACGGAGUACAUUAGCAAAAAGGAAGAAGAAAAAACAAAGUCAAGACGAAACGAGUUAUCAUCUGAUUAACAGUAGUAAAUCACAAUCCAAGAAUAAUGAAAGCAACAAAUCAUCCGAAGAUUCUGUUUCCGUUGACAAAACGACAAGAGAUGUUGAAAAACCCAUAUGUGAUACAAACAAGUCAGACAGAUUCGACAAUACCGUUUCUACGGAUUUGGAGGAAUUCGCAUCAGAAUCGAUGAACGUAGUUGUUGACGUUCAUCGUGAAUAUAAAGCAGACAAAUGUAGCGAGAACACAAUAGACGAAGUAAACAUAUCGGCAAAAGGGUCUCCGAGCUUUCAAAUAUUUUCAAAAACUAAUACUCUUCGGGACAAGAGGAACGAAUACCAGAAAUUCAGUCAGGUUAGGAAUCAGAAACAGAAGGAAAAAUCUGAUGAUAUAGAGAUCGUGGAUUCGAUAGACUUGAUAGAAGAAUUUGAUGGAUCGUCAACGAUUAAAUCGAACGAAAGAAGAAAGGGUAGAUCAAUUAAGAAAAAUUGUAAUCAAUCUUCUAUUGAAGAGAAACCACAGAGUAGAGGGAAGUGGGGGGCGCUGCAAUCUCAAACGGAAGAAUUGAAAAAACCGCCACGAAAACGUUGGUCGAAAGACACUUCCGUAAUUCGAUUACCAGAAGUAAAGACCGGUUCCUGGGCUGCACCCAGGGAAAAGAAGUUUCCGUUACGUCAGGAACCAGACGAAAUCGAUGAAAAAUCAUUUCUCGAAGGUUACGAUAAUGCGGCGUUUGUUUCGGAAAACGAGGAAAUUCUCAGAAUCGAGACCGAUCACAACAAUCAUGAAGAUACGAGAAUCGAAAUGAAAAGGAAAGAUGAUAUUAUCAACGAAAAGUUCGAAAAAUCAAAACUGUCUGCGGACGAGAAAUCGAUACCAAACGAGACGGUUAUUUCUAUCGAGACCAUAAACAAAUCGGAAAAUUCUAAUUUUGUUAAACUCGAAAAUCAAAGGAGAAAUGGGUCGCUAAGCAACGAGAAUAAUGUAUCGUCGAGAAACAGAACAAACCAUGAAACGGCGAACAAGAGAACAGAUUCGGAUAAAAGUGUCGAUAAUGAUUCGGACGCAUCGAUUGUAUCGCAGACCAUAGAAGAUAUUACUGUGCGAUCGAAUUAUCGGUCCUCCGAAGAAAUAUCAACAAAAGAUCGGCGUUCCACGAAUAAAAAAUCUAAACGAAUUAACAAAAAGUCUUCUAUCGAUAGUCAAGCUUAUUCUAGUCAGCAAACUAUAUCUGCGACUGAGGAUGACGAUCCGGAAGAUAGUCACUCAAGGGAAACAGGCGACGAGAAAAAAUCAAGAAAAUCUCUUGUUAAGAAGAAAAAACCGGGAAAUCAUCGUCGAUCGAAAAGUGAAACGGAAAAAAGAAAAAGCUCUAAGAAUGUGUCCAGUUCCGUUGUGAAUAGUCCGCGUUUGAAUGUAACCGAGGAUGAUUCAAAGAAGAAAAGGAAGAGGAAAAAGAGCGCGAAAUACAUUUCUGUGAUGAUCCAUAGGGCGAACAUGUUGGAGGUCGAUUACAUAACGAAGCACCCGAUGGUCAAGGUUCACAUCGUGAAUGCUGAAACCGGCGAGUACUUGAAAACCGAAUCCGGAACUUAUUUACAGCCUAUGAUCACCAGUAAAUAUGAUUUCAAAGAAUAUAGGUCUAUAGUGCCUGCGUGGGAAGAGGAACUCGUCUUCGAGCACGAUUUUGACUCGUUGCUAAAAACUGACAACGAUCAAGUUAUGAUUUUAUUUGAAAUCGUUGACCUGUUGAGUUUUGCUGAAGCCAGCUUUAAUUAUGAUAAAUUGGGCCAUGAAGGUUGUUGGUACAAGAUUGCUUGGGCUUUUUUGAAACCUGUAGGGAGGAACAAUGUCUGUCACAUCAAUAAGAAAGUUAGACUACAAUUGUACAAGUCUCGUAAGAGCUUGAAAAAGUUUGACAAGUUUCAUACAUGUGAAGUGUACACGUGGUGGAAAACUAAUAUCAGACAAAAGUACCCCAGCAGUUUAUUCGUCACGGUGACGUCCAUCGAUCCGCCUAAAUUGGAACCAGUUCUUUAUCAGCAACUGUCAUUAUACGAUUUAUCGGACGCACGCAGUGAAUCGCAAAGGACUUUAAACCGUACAUCGAAGUCCAUAGAUUUACCGAAAUGGACGCGAUUGUCGGCACAAUCUUGCAAAGUACCAAAUGAAAUUACUUUUGAGACCGAAGUCAGCGAGAACGGUUGCUUUUUCGUUGCUUUCAGUAACAACGGCAAAUAUUUAGCGUGCACCCAUUCUGAAGAGCAAGACUAUCCUGUUGUCGUUUAUGAGGUCGAGGCUAAAAAAAUUCACGUACGAUUUUCCGGGCACAAGACUUUCAUUUAUUCCCUAAAUUGGUCCGACAACGAUAAUUAUCUGCUUUCCGUUUCGUCAGACCAAACUGCUCGUAUUUGGGAUGUGCAGAAUCAAAUUAUCCAGCAUGUAGAAAUGAUGCCACAUCCAUCGUACGUGUACUGCGGCAAAUUCGAUCCCGAAAACGCUGCAAUCGUAGCGACCGGAUGCUACGAUCGGAUCGCCCGAAUCUGGACGCGGGAUAAGAAAUCGCGAAAUCGGGAUCUUAAUCAAGAAUUAGAAGGCCACGAAGGUUUUAUAAAUUCCAUGUGCUUUCAAAAGAACAGUAAUUUGUUGACCGCGGACAGCGUUGGGAUAAUAAUCUUAUGGAUAGUGAAGAAAGUUCAAGGCAAAUCGUUCCGUAAAGAAUGGCACAUAUCGCGGAAGAUAAAGGUCAGGGAGAUCACCGGCGUGAUAAUCAACACCAUACUCUUGCAUCCGUUGGAAUCUAGGCUCCUCGUCCACUCGAGAAACAACGGAUUAAGAAUGUUGGAUUUAGCGACCGGCGUCGUCUUGCAGAAAUACAAUGAAUUGAACAAUCAAAGGAUACAAUCGACAGCCUGUAUAUCACCGUGUGGCGGUUUGAUCCUCUGCGGAGGAGAGGAUUCCACGUUGAACAUUUGGAAUCUGGAAACAGGUAGCCUUCUCGCACGGUACACGCUGGACAAGAAUUUCCGCGCGGUGACCUGCGUGGACUAUCAUCCGUACGACCACGUGUUGGCCUUGUCAACGUUCGGUAGUCCCGCACCAGUGAAAAUUUUGAGGUUCAACAAAAACGUCAGCGGCGAAGACAUAGGACUGAAGACGGUCGGGGAUAUCACGGGUAAAACAGCUAUCGGCGACACUUCUUUGAGAAUCUUGAACACUCCUGUGACGCCCAGGGAAAAAUCACGAUCGAGCAGCAGAAUUCAUACACCGGAGGCAAUUUUGAGGGAGAGAAGUCUGCAGUCCAGUCGUGGUUGCAAACUGAAUACUCCUCCCGUGGAUGAGUCGUCUAACAAAGUGCUAUUGGAAAAGGACAGCAAACGCACGGACACAAAGAUGAAGCUUCUGCGAUUGAACGAGACCGAGGCGACUAUGAAGAGCCGUAGCGCGAAUCGUUUGUAUAAUAUCAUCGAGAAGAUCGACAGAAUUCUGUCGAACACGUCCAGAUCGUCAGGCGACAUCGAGUCCGGGCGAAAUCAUACGUUUACCAAGGAAACGAGUAAGGAUAGAAUUUUUACGAUUCAGAACGAGAAUAUAGAGAGACGACGAACGAAAACGAGGAAGAACAAGUCGUUCGCUUAUUGGAGCGGUGAGGAUCAUUCGAAUUCAUAUUUUGAAUCGAGUACAGCCAGCAGCGUGAAACCGGAAGUCAUGGAGCUGGAGAGGUUAGGUAGAACAAAGGCGGGCGAUUCGAACACCAAGAAGAGAUCUCAAAGCGCGAAUGUGUCAAAGAGCAAUGGAAUACACGAGGACGAUGCGAUGAAGCAUUUUUCCGACAGCACGGCGAAUUAUCGACGAAAUAAAGAUCAUGACGAAGUGGUGAAUAUGUUUGCGGCAAAAAGUAUAGAAUCUUCGUUUAUUAUUCCAGUUAAGGAACGUAAAGUGAAAGAUUGUUCUAAAAAUAAUUCAUUUAAUAACGAUCGUUCGAAUUCUUCCGGAAGUGCCGGAACGUAUGUUGUUGAAAAAAAUAAUGCCGGGAGGAACGACGACGAUGGCUCGAUGAAAUUAUUAGGCAAUGAAGAUUUAAUUGGAACCGACACAGAAAACGAUCUGGCAAAUGUUGGACGUACCGGAAGCGAUAGCUCAGCGAUCAGCAAUGCAACUUUUACUAUUGAAAACGAAGUGCCUAUUCCUAUGCCUAGAAGAAAGAAAAAUCUUUCUUGA